UGUAGAGGCACAGCUUUCCAAUCUGCUGGAGGAAGGUCAGGGAAUCACACAAGCACACGGAUGCUGUAAUCUGCAUGUAAGAUUUUUUAAAUUUAGUUUUAUUUGGAAUCCCUUUUCCUGAGGCAAUUUUCCUGGUAACAAAGCCACCUGCUCUGGUGUCAUUUUGUCAUCACCAUUAAAAACAACUGAGUUACGUGGAUGGUCAAUAAAGAUUGUUUUCUAACAGUUGUCUGAAAAGAAGAUGUCCACAAUGGUUUACCCAAGAGAAGAGAAACUAGAGAAACUAAGUCAAGAGGAGAUCAUCUCAAACACCAAGCUGGUGAUCCAGGGACUGGAGGCCCUCAAAAAUGAACACAACUCCAUCCUCCACAGCCUACUGGAGACCAUCAAGUGCCUGAAGAAAGAUGAGGAGGCCAACCUGGUCCAUGAGAAGUCCAGCCUACUGCGCAAGUCUGUGGAGAUGAUUGAACUCGGACUUGGAGAAGCUCAGGUGAUGAUGGCCCUAUCGAACCACUUAAAUGCUGUGGAGUCGGAGAAGCAGAAGCUGCGUGCACAGGUGCGGCGGCUGUGCCAGGAGAACCAGUGGCUGAGGGACGAGCUGGCCAACACCCAGCAGAAACUGCAGAAGAGCGAGCAGAGCGUUGCCCAGCUAGAGGAGGAGAAGAAGCACCUGGAGUUCAUGAACCAGCUCAAGAAGUACGACGAGGACAUCUCUCCCACGGAGGAGAAAGAAGGAGAGCCUCCGAAGGAUUCUCUAGAUGAUCUUUUCCCCAAUGAUGAGGAAGAACACGGCCAAGGAAUGCAACACCAACACAACAGUGCAGCAGUGGCUGCAGCCCAGCAGGGCGGCUACGAGAUCCCAGCCCGCCUGCGCACUCUGCACAAUCUGGUGAUCCAGUACGCCUCCCAGGGCCGCUACGAGGUGGCCGUGCCUCUCUGCAAGCAAGCCCUGGAGGAUCUGGAGAAGACUUCAGGACACGAUCACCCCGACGUGGCCACCAUGCUCAACAUACUCGCCCUGGUGUACAGGGAUCAGAACAAAUACAAAGAGGCUGCACAUCUACUCAAUGAUGCUUUAUCUAUCCGAGAGAAAACACUAGGCAAAGAUCAUCCUGCUGUUGCUGCUACACUUAACAACCUGGCUGUCCUGUAUGGCAAGCGAGGAAAGUACAAGGAGGCUGAGCCACUCUGCAAGAGAGCUCUUGAGAUCAGAGAAAAGGUCCUUGGAAAGGAUCAUCCCGAUGUAGCCAAGCAGCUGAACAACUUGGCACUGCUCUGCCAAAACCAGGGUAAAUACGAGGAGGUGGAAUAUUACUACUGCCGCGCCCUUGAGAUUUACGAGUCCAGGCUGGGUCCUGAUGAUGCCAAUGUUGCCAAGACAAAGAACAAUCUGGCUUCCUGCUACCUAAAGCAAGGCAAAUACAAGGAGGCAGAGAUUCUGUACAAGGAGAUUCUCACCAGAGCCCACGUGAAAGAAUUUGGAUCUGUGGAUGCUGAAAAUAAGCCGAUUUGGAUGCAUGCAGAGGAGAGGGAAGAGAUGAGCAAAGGUAAACACAGAGACGGUGCCCCCUAUAAAGAGUAUGGUGGCUGGUACAAGGCAUGUAAGGUUAAUAGCCCCACUGUCAACACUACCCUGAGGAACCUGGGAGCACUGUACCGUCGGCAGGGCAAGCUGGAGGCAGCAGAGACCCUUGAGGAGUGUGCCAUGAGAUCAAGGAAACAGAGCACGACAGGCACCGACCCUAUCCACCAGACGAGAGUAGUUGAAAUCCUCAAGGAUGGAGACACUCCUGAACGGAGGCGAAGCAGCAUGAAGUAUGAGAGCAGCUCGGAGGGAGGCGAGGAAGUGAGUAUAGGAGUAGAUUGGAAUGGGGCUUAAGCCAUCAAGAUUUUCCUUCACUCCUCUUCCCCUAUCCCCAAACAAAUAGCAAAUCAAAAGGAUGUCUGUGUUGUUCCUUGUGGCUCUUUCCUCACAAAAAACGACUCUUCCUCCUCUACCAUUCCUGCUGUCUUCGGCAAGACUGCUCUACACUGCUACUUCAGCAUAUGAAAGAGAACAAAGGGACGUGCACAUCUCUCUCUCUCUCUCUCUCUUUCUGUCUCUCUCUCUCUCUCUUUCUGUCUCUCUCUCUCUCUUUCUGUCUCUCUCUCUCUUUCUGUCUCUCUCUCUUUCUGUCUCUCUCUCUGUCUGUCUCUCACUCACUCAACUCUCUCUCUUCUUUGUAUUAUAUUUAACAGAGUCUGUAACAUUGGUAGGAGUAAGAUAAUACAACAAAGAUGGUGUGUGUUACUAAAGUGCUGUAGGAAACUGAAGAAAGGUUGUAAAAUGUUGAGGUAGAGGUCUUUGAGGAGCAUUUGUGUGAAGUUAUUUUCAGUUCACCCCAGCUACAGCCUAACCGGACCCAUUGUCAUGUACAGUAAUCCCCAGUCUCUCUUCAUAAUGUUCAAGCCAGCAAAACCUCUGCAAAACAAGUAUGAUGUGUUGCAAAAAAAAGGAAAAUCUGUGUCUAUUUGAAGUAUAUGACUUGUAUGACCAGGCACUAAGAUGCAUCACUGGCUGUACUUUAUACUUCAUUAGGCUGCUGUUUUUUUUUUAUCCGUUUGGUUUUGCUAUAGGAGUAAAUCUGUCCCUGUAAAUGAUUAGAUUAAACUAAAUUAUAUUAUAAUAAAAUAUACACUCCCUGUUAUUCAGUGCCUAUGAGGCACAACCCAUUGAAAAUUUUGAAAAAAUAGAAUGUUGUGUCGUCCCCCCAAGCCUUAAAUUGACACCCCUCCUCCUCCGUAGAGACAAUUCCAUUGUUAACUGAAUAAGAUUGGAUUUUAGGAACAUCAGUUAGUAUGAGGGGAGACAUACUGUAGAUUAACUACUGGCUUCAGCAUUUCAUUCUUUUUCUUUUGUGUGUGUGUGUGUGUGUGUGUGUGUGUGUGUGUGUUUGUUUUGUGUUUUUUGAACUUUUUUUAAUUGUUUACAACUUACUGUACAUAACCAUUGUCUGGUCUCACUGACGCAUGCAAAUGGACAAGCUUUAUUAUUUAUGAACCCAAACAUUUUAGUUGAAUAACAUUGUUUACAGCAGGUGUUUAUAACCUUUGAUUGUCUAGUAGCUUUUCGUAUACAUACAAUUAAAAAUGUUCUAGUUUAUCAAAAUAUCUGUGGACACCCUAUUUGCCCAUUGUGUAUAUUAAGAAGUUUUCCCCUUUUUAUAAUACUUGAAGCCGUUAUGAACACUAAAACAUGUUUAGAAGUUAUGUAGAAUUAUCUCUAGGGCAUGCAGUCAUUAUUAUUGACCACAAGAGGGAGACACUUCAUACGUUAAAAACUAUUUCAAGAGUAAAAUGAAGCAAGUGUAUCUGAAGAAAUCACUGCUGUUGAGCAUCUUGACCAAACUAAAACACUUGCAUUACUUGCAGCCCUCUUUCAUUUCAGUUUAGUACACAUACGUUAUUAUUAUUAUUAUUAUUAUUAUUAUUAUUAUUAUUAUUAUUAUUAUUGGUUUUCAUUUUAAAGGAUAAAUUAUAAUAUUAUAAUCAGAUGAUACAUUUCAUCAGGAACAUUUAUAUAUAUAUAGGGCAGCAGUGUGGAGUACUGGUUAGGGCCCUGGACUCUUGACCGGAGGGUCGUGGGUUCAAUCCUAGGUGGGGAACAAUGCUGCUGUACCCUUGAGCAAGGUACUUUACCUAGAUUGCUCCAGUAAAAACCCAACUGUAUAAAUGGGUAACUGUAUGUAAAAAUAAUGUGAUAUCUUGUAACAAUUGUAAGUCGCCCUGGAUAAGGGCAUCUGCUAAGAAAUAAAUAAUAAUAAUAAUAAUAAUAAUAAUAAUAAUAAUACAUAGUAAAUGUGGACUGGCGAGGAGGGAUAUAGUGGAAAAUUAUUGACCCGAGGGAAGACUAUUGGUAGCGCACAGAGUACAUACAACACAGUGUACGAAAACUUUGGUGGGAUCUACAAUCUCUGAACUAAUCUCCUCUGUUCAAUAAUAAAUUAACUCCGGCUACUUGUCCGGCUGUCGGUGGUUUCGACUUACUAACACUCUUCAGUAUCCAACCCUGGUUCUGGUUCUCUCUCACUCACACUCUCUCUCUCACACAUGUCGGUUAAUUUCAGCUUCUUUAACCCAGUUGGCUUUGGUUUUGCAGCAGCCAUGAGGUGAAUAAAUUGAACCUUUUUUAUACCUGGCCCCGCUGGAACACACCUGUUUGCUGAUUUUAAAUUUCAAACCUGGUAAUCACACACAGCAGGCAGGCUCUCCCAGGAGCUUCAGGUACUUUUAUCAUUACAAUAAAUACACACUGUUUUAGAAUAUAGAUUUACACAAAAAACCCUCUUCAUGCGCAGGGCUCCUGCCCUGGCACAGUGCUGUAUACACUUACAUUAGUGUCAGGUAAUUUACACAGUAGCAAAAUGCACAGGCUUACGAAAAACGUUCAAUUGUAAGCACAACUCGCUUUUGCUUUCGCUUUCCUGUAGCCAUUUUGCAUUAGCGCUGUACAGGUGCUGAAGAGCUUGAUCACGGUGGAUAAACAGUUAGGGCAGAUAAGUGACAUGCGGAUACACGACAGAUUACUGUGAUUAAUUGACAGCCCUAAUAUAUAUAAUAUUUUAAACUAUAGAUAGAUAGAUAGAUAGAUAGAUAUGUUUUUGCCAACUUCCCAAUGUUUCGGUAUGUUUAACAUACCUUUGUCAAGGGAAAGUGUGUUUGAAAACAAACAUAGGCGGUAUUUAUAGGCUUUUGAUGCCAUGGUAACCACACAUUUAUUUCUCUUUAAAUCUAAUGUCUUUGUGAUGUCGUUUGUUAUAUAGCAGAUGAUGUAACAAUCUACUGUUCCUUUCUAUUUAAACCUUCAGGCAUCAUGGUAUCUACUCUAUUUAGCCAUUUAUUUUAUUUUAUUCUUCUAUACUGUACUUUUUUUUUUAAAACCACAAACUAGGUCAUCCAUGGUGUGUCUGUUCCUUGUAAAGUGCUUAACUAUUGGUUCAUUUACUUUUUUGUUUCUUAUAUUUGAUAGGUGGUUCUGUAUUCUUUUAUAUAAUGAUGUACCUGUCUCUCCUACAUAUUUUAUUUUAUUACAUUUUAUGCAAAAUAUCCCAUAUACAAGGUUGCUAUCCUUGCAUGAUGGAUUUUUUAAGAUUGAAUAUUUUCUUUAUUUGUGAUUUCACUUUUGUGUUUAUCAAUAUAUUUGCACACUUUACAUGUGCUUUUACCGGUUUCAGUGUCCCUUAAUGUAUCUACGAUCCCUUUGUGUUUAUAGUGGACUAAAAUGUCAGUCAAGUUUGCAUCCUUCUAAAACCUAUGAUCGGUGCUUUCGGAAAUAUUGUUUUCAUUUUUUCUGAAUUAUGAAGUAUAUGUAAAUGUUUCCAAACAAUUUUUGAUGAAUUGUGAUAUUUUGAACAGUGGUGAUAUAUAUUAGUUAGUACUGAGUUUUCACUUUUAAAAUGUCAUUUGAAAUAAAUAAAGUCCCUUGACAUGAUGUUAUUUCUGUGCACUUCGGAGGCAUCUUUAGGUCACUCCGUUUUCGGUGAUUGUCUUGAUUUGGGGACAGAGUAAGCUUGUUCGCUAAGCCUUGAUGAUUUUUAACCAGGUUUGACCCUAUUUUAACUCUGUGUCAUGUAAUCAUGUUGCCAAAGUACAUUCAUUUCAUUUCUAAUGUGCAUGUUGCAGUUUGUGUAACAUACAUUUUCCAUAUUUGUAACAUUUCAGUGAGACCCUUUUGAGCUGUAAUCUGCGUGAACUGAAAAUGUUGGUAAAAGCAGAAGAAAUUGCAAGUUAUUAAAAUUAUAAAUAAGUAAAUGAAUACCAAAACUAUCUGAUCUGGCCCAGAGUGAUGACUUCAACAGCUCAACAAGCAGCUCAAUAUUAAAGGUGUGCUACAGCAGGCAGCUUCAGUCCUACAGUCUCAAUCUGUGAUAAAGUGAUGAAUUGUGAUAAAAUGAUGAUUUUUUAAGUUUGUCAAAAACAUCAAUUUCAACAGUCUGGGUAACAGGUUUUCUCAACAACCACUACAUUACAGGCUUGACUAUUUCAUAUGUGACAUUACGCAAUUUUCAAGCACAAGUUCACUGUAAACUAAAUGGUUGUUUUAGUGUCUUUUUUAUUUUUUUGUGUGUAUCUUUCACUUUAUAAUCAUAUUCAUCAUUAAUUUAUUCUUAAACUGUGCCAUAUUCUUUUCCUUAGAUUUUUUUUUUCCAACUUUUGGCAUCAUGUCAUUGUGGAAAGGUAGACCUACCUACAUAUCCUAUGCCAAUAUAACUUCUUACAGCAUGACAUUUUAGUUUGAGAGGUUUCUGCACAUUGAGAUCAAACUGUUUAAAAUUGCCUGCAGGAACUUUGCAACUACUGUUCAGAACAGAAAUGGAAACUGUGUCGUCUGUAAAGCCUACACAGUAAUGCUACUAAGUUCAAGCUUGCAGUACUGUCAGCUGUGUAUAUACUGAGAUUCCAGUAUGGUCUGAUGAAUGGUAGCUGGAGAUGUAACCGUUAUUUAUGAAACCAUGCAUAUUCUUCUGGCAUGCUGCUGUUGCAGAGUUAAUAUAUUUAUUUUGGUAUAUUAUGAAUAUAAACCUAACGAGUUAUGAAAUGCAUCCAAAGAUACUAGUCAAAAUAAAAAAAGGAACAAUUUCCUUGGCAUUUUUUUACACAUUAUUGGUGUUUGGAUAUAAAAGGGUCACAAUUGUGUAAAAGAAGUGUUUUGAGAAUUCUAGCAAAUUAUUCCAGCUACCCAAACAUUCAUAUCAUUUUUUAAUUUCCAUUUUCAAUAUCUGUUGAGCUGCUUUUUCUGUCACUCUGGGCCACUGUGCUGUAAUUAAUCAAUGUACAUGGUUAAGCAGUGUUUUAUCAUGAAUAAUAUUAAUAAUCAUACUGAAUUGUAAGAGUAGGCUCUUGCGUUUUGGUGCAAGCAGUGGUUAAUACUUUAACAUUUACAUCAUUUACUAAUGCUCUUUAGUGACUGUCUUUUCUCUCUGUUGAUGUUUGCAGGAGUUAAUACUGUUGUUAUAAUAUCCUUGUAACCCACAAUUGCCCUUUCUCUUUAAAUUGUAUCUGGUGAUUUGCAAUUGAUGUUAUUAACUAAUUUACCUCUAAUUAAAGGAAUUCAAGAAUGGA